AGCCCGGCCACGGGGCGGAGCCUCGUCGGGGUGCUGGGGCAGAGUAGCCGCUGUCGCUUGGGCGCCGGGUUUUGCGCUCUCGACACUUGGGACUGGGCGAACUAGUUUUGGGGAGUGAGGCGGGUGCGCAGUGCCCACAAUGUCUGCUGAAUUAGGGCAACCUCAGGCCGGCCCCUCCCAUGCUGGGCUAGACCUGCAGAACCCAGAGAGAAAUCGGGCUGGGGUCCCAGGUGGGGUGAUCCGGCGGGCCCGCGCCCUGGGACCCAGGUCCUGGAUCCAAAGGACUCUAGAGCAAAUAACUGACUCACCUCUCCAGUGGGUCACCCCCUCGGAGGUGGUUCCUGUCGCCGUGCUGGCCGUCCAGAGGUACCUGUUAGAGGAUGAGCCACGCGACACGAUACCCAAACCUCCCCUUUAUUGCUAUGAUGUGACCAUCUCUGACGGGGUGUACCAGGAGAAGUGUUACCUGGACCCAGGCUUGAAUUCUCUCGUGUAUAAAAAUAUUCUGAAAGUUGGCAUAGAAAUGAAAAUAUCCAGAGUCUCCUGUCUGUACAAUGAGAAAAGGUUAGGCCAGGGGAUCCUGUGCAUAGAUAACGUCCACUGUGGAGGGACCUUGGACGCUAUUUCUUUAGAAACUCCCUUCAGGAAUCGUGCUCACGGAGAGAUUCCCGAGAGACCUUUAAGGGGCGGGAAGAGUCAUUACCUGGCGCUGUGGAAUAAUGAAGACCCAUAUGGAGAUAUCUGGUUAACCAACAAGCAACCCGAGGAACACAAUUUUAACAAUACCAAAAUAAUUUCCCUCUCUCACCUUGAAAUGACCUGGAAUAACAGAAGGAAUUUUCCUGCACUACUUGUUAGAGUCUUGCAUAAAUCAAAACUGCGAUACUAUGGAAAGCCUGAGAAAAAGAUGAUUGAGCCAUAUCAGACCUUUCUGGAAGUUGCUGACAGUUCAGGCACAGUAUCAGUGAUUAUGUGGAAUGCCCUGUGUCCUGAGUGGUAUAAAAGUUUGCGGGUUGGUUUAGUUCUUCUCCUUCAAGAUUAUUCUGUUAAAAAAAGUUAUCCGUUCAGGUUGCAACCUCUCCCUGUGGAUCCACAGAUCAAACUAAUUUCUACAAUAGAAAUCUGCCUGAACCUUCGAGAUCCUCCAACUAAUAUAAUUAUCAUUCCAGAGAAGCAGGUGAAGCCGGAAUGGAGAUUGCCAAAAUUAAAUCAUCGCUUUAUCACGAGAUCAGAACUGGAUGAUAUGCCAGAAAAUCAUAUUUGUGAUGUUAUUGGCAUUUUAGUUUUUGUAGGAAGGGUUCAGAGGUUAAAAAAGAAAGAAAGCCGUGAAGAUUUUUGGUCAUAUCGCUGGAUUCACAUUGCUGAUGGAACUUCUGAACAACCUUUUAUAGUGGAACUGUUUUCUACAUCUCAGCCAGAAAUCUUUGAAAAUAUCUACCCAAUGACUUACUUUGUAUGUACACAGUUGAAAGUUGUCAGGAACAGCACUCAAGUACCUAAACUGCUUUACCUCACCACUACGAAUGAAAGUCGAGUGUUUAUUACUGGUCAUAGAGGCCAGCCAUAUACCAAUGAUACCAAGGUAAAAAACUUUAUUCAGUGGAUUAAAGCAAAGACCGAUUCCGAGGAAGUGAAGAAUACUGUUAUUGGUGGAUAUUACCCCUACCCACCAGUGCCAGAGACAUUUCUGAAGUAUAGUAGUUCUGUUAAAGUUGAGUCGCUCUUGACAGCUAUAAGUGAAGUGAGGAAGGAGAUUGAAGACUUGCAGUAUAGGGAACAAAAGCGUAUUGCAAUUCAGGGGAUAAUUACUGUUAUAAAGUAUAUCCCCCAUAGCGGUGCAACUGAAAGUGCCUCCACAUCAGAAACACUUCGGAAUGCUAACCAACCCUCAACAUCCCAAGCAGCUAGAGAAAGUCCAAGUCAGGGAAGAGAUGGUAAGCGGCAUCAAGAUGAUGAUCCUGUGAGCUCUCAGUAUUAUCCAGCUACAUAUACAAGUUUGAGCCCUACAACAAAGAAAAGAAUUCUGCAAGGCCCAUAUGACAAGCUAGUUCCUGUAUCUCAGUCAGAAACUUCUGCACAAGCAAAAGGAAAUAAACCUGGCAUACCAAGCAUCUUUCAACGUCGAGAAAUGGCAAGCGCUAGUAACAUAGUAAAAGCCAGAAAACCUAUCACUGAUAGGUGGGAAAGUCAGCUUUGGAGAGAGAAAAAGUUUGGCUUAAUAGAUCACCUGCAUUACAACUCUGUUUAUCCUGAAAGUAUUCCACGGAAAUUCAUUUUUGAACAUAGGAAGUUUCUUACUCAGCAGUUUAAUUCUCAGCCUUCAAAAUACAUACCACCUGAUGGAAUACCCCCGAAACUUGAUGAUUUUAAGAGUGCUCGAAGCCUUGGACAUUUUGAAGUAACCAUUCUAGGUCUGAACCAUGAGAUAGCAAUUGAUGUUGCAUUUCUACCCAUGUAUUGUCCAGAAGACCUCAGAACAUCUCAGAUAGACACAUUGUUAACCUGCAUGAAUUACAGCUGUGUGUAUCCACCUGAAGUAAUUGACAAUGACAGAUUGCCAGGUCCAAGGGCAGUUGCAGGUGAUAUUAUAAAAGCAGUAACUGAACUGGAUAGAGUACAUGUCGUCGGUAUCUUGGAUAUCUGUAAUUUGGGUAACAAUAAAGUAGAAGUCUUUUUACAGAAAAUUUAUAGCCCAGAGAAUACUUCUUAAAAUUUGGCAAAUGAAAUUAUUCAGAGUAAAAAUACUCUGUUAUGUUGUUGGCAACUUAAAUAAUUUUUUCAGCAGGAAUGUGAUAUAAAAUAUAAGGUAAAGUGGUUUUUUGUUCCAUUUUGUGUUUGGAGCUACCAAGCUUCACCUUAAAUUCAUUAAAAUAAGUUAUCAAAACAGUUCUUGGUGUAUCAAAAAAUGUAUGUUCUCUAUGUCUGUUAUCUUGGCUUGUGAUAAUUGUGUUCACUAUUCUAUUUGUGAAAUGCAUUUUAAUUCUAGAGUCUCAAUGUAAGGCAUCCUGACUUAAAAGAGAAAAUUUUCAUGGAUAUUUAGCAUCCUUCCACUUUUACUCACAUGUAAUGAUAAAUUAUGAAUUGAAAUUGGAAAAUUAAAUUCUCUAAAAGUGGCAAACAUGCACUUUUCUUUCAAAGCACACCUGGAUUGGUAUUGUUCAUUUGUCCUAGUCUUUAAUUUGGACAGCCAUACAGUAAGUGUGCUAAAUUGUCUUAAGGUUUCCACUUUUUAUUGUGACUUUAUAUCUUUUGAAUUUCUAAAUGUUUUGACCUGUGUGUGAUCUUAAAACCAGAGUCUCUUAUAUGUCUAUAUUCUUGCUGUUCAUUUAUAAUUUUGGUACUUGUAAUAUGAGUUCAAAUAGUCAAGUUUUAUCUCAUGUUAACAUUUUAAGUGCUUGUAUUAAAAGUAUAAAACAUUUAACUAUGGGAAUUUCUUUUAUUCUUAUUGUCUGUUCCACUUCAUCACAACUGUAAAUGAUCACUCCACGUUUGCAAGGUCCUGUGGUUGGUUGCCAUCUCUGUGACUAGAUGAGCUAAAAUGACCAUCACGUGAGUUAAAAAGAAUUCUGUACAAGAUGAAUUUGUUUGUAGUGAAGCUAUUAGCUUGUGGAGUUUUCUUCUAGCCCUAUGGUUCUGUGACUUCAUACGCUAUACAUUUUAAAUGUGUUAGGCAGCUCAUGAGCCUAAACAUAGAUGCUGCCGUUUGUUCAUAAAUGUGUUCAGUAUUUUGUUCUUUAUAAAUGUGUUUAAAUGUUAAUUAAAAUAGUGAA